AUGGAAAGAUCUGACACUGGCCAUUUUUAAGAAAUGAGCGGAUCAUAGCAGUUCUAGUAAGAUACUUCAGAGAAUUAUUCAACUGAAAUGAUUGAGCAAAUGAAUUCGGAUAUCUUAGGAGAUCAAGAAUUUAGCAAUCUUUCAGAAUGGGAUAGGAUGAACAUGCUGAAAGCUGAUUAGAAAAUAUAAGUUAUAGAAGAAUAUGACUAGAGGCAAAUUUAAUAAAUUCUUUCAGAGUAAGUUUAAGCUAUUAAAUUUUUGUAGGAUCAAUAUUCUGGCAAAUUUGAUGUCUAAAGUCUAUGGCAAAUUCUACAGUAAAGAGAAACUUGUUUCAAAGAUCUUAGCACCAAUGAAAAAUGA